CAAGAUGUCGAAGGAAGUUCUGAUGUCCCGGCGUCCCAACGCCAUGGAUACCAUCGAUGCAGCGAGAAUCAGCCAUGGAGACGUGUACAAGAGCGGGGGAUAUCAGCCUCCUCCCAUCUCAAACUACAAGGGUGUCAUGCUCUGCGAUCGUCCUACGACAAAGGGAGGAGCUGGGAAGACAGCUCAAUCUGAUGGUGGGCCGUUUGCGUGCGCUGUGGGGCCAGGAUCGAAGUACGAAGCACUGGGACUGAACCCCUCGAGGGAGCAGCGAGCUGCCAAGUUGGCUGCGGACAACAAAGUUCGACCUCGGGAGGGCAACGACUUCCUGUCGAAGCACAAGAAGUGGCUCUCGCAGCUGGGGAAGGCAAAGCAACAGAGGAUGGAGGACGAGGCCAUGGCCGUGCAGGGUGCUAUUGAGAAGACCAAGAAGUUCAAGGAAUAUGCUGCGAAGCUGCGUGCGAACAUCCGGGAGGCGAAAGAUCAACAUGCUACGGGCUACCUUUCGCAAGAGGCACUGGAAGAGCACACGCGAAGCUCGAUGAGCGGAGCUUCAUCGAAGAGAUCGUCGCAACAGGGGAAGCCCCAGAAACAGAAGGAGGCGAAGAAACCUGUGUGGGCCCUGACGGAGGAGGGCCUGGAAGGAAGGGAAGAGGAGGAGCUGGAUGAGCUGCUCAAGUUUACCAACAACCUUGACUACGACAAGUUCAUCGAAGACUAUGAAGUGAAGAAUGCGCUGACAGCGGUCAAGAACAGGAUAGCAGAGCUUGCACAGGGCAAGGAUCGGAUAAGGAGAGCGGAGGAGAAUGGGCAGAAUGAGGAGGAAUCUGCUUUGGAUCUUAACGACUCGGGAAGCGAGUGGAAGGAGGCGUUUGUAAAGGGGUGGAAUGAGGCAGAGAAUCCGGACCGUCUGAAUACCGCAAGGAGCGAUAGGACGAACGUGUCAAGAGUGUCGCAGGCGACUGCUCGCUCGCAUAGGAGCGCUGCUGAAGAUGAUGCUCAAUCCGUGGCAGCUUCGGAUGUUUCCGAUCGCGACGUUUCCAUGCAGGUUGCUGAGCAGAUCCUUAACACAUCGAGAAGCUUGAGAAAAGUUCACUCCACUCGCUCCAUCCGAGGGAUUUUGGACAAGAAGGCGAAGAAGAUUCAGACCCUCGAAACUGUGGGUGAAGACGUGGACAUCGGCCAGGGCAUCAAUCCUCCCAUCUCCAAGGUAUACGAUGCGGAGGAUCAAGGGGUAGCAGCGGGUGGAGGAAACAAGAAGCGGACUGUCGAUGCUUCCAACCUCCCCUACCUUCAUAGGAACCCAGCAGUCUGAGCUCGCCCCCCCUAAGCCUCUGAUAUUGUUUCUAUGCUCUUUAGUACCUCGUUUGCAAACUUCAAUUGACUUGUGGAUGAACCAAACUUGUACUUGCUCCUC